UCCAAAAAUUCCCUCUGCACUCAAACAAUGUCGCUCCCAUCUUUAUUUGCAGUCGCUCUCGUCUUCUUCUCCAUGUUUCUGCAAAUAAGAGCAUUGCAACUCUCUGUAGUUGAUGAACCCUUGCAACCUCCCAACGUAACGACAACCUCGAAUACUUCUCUGACGCCGGCACUUUUUGUCCUCGGAGAUUCAACGGUUGAUUGUGGCACCAACAAUCAUCUUGCAACUUUUGCUCGUGCAAAUCUCUUGCCAUAUGGCAGAGAUUUUGAUACGCACAUGCCCACGGGGAGGUUCUGUAAUGGAAGAAUCCCCGUCGAUUUUCUUGCAUUGCGUCUUGGCCUCCCCUUUGUUCCUCCGUUUCUGGGUCAGCGUGGGACUGUUGAGAAUAUGAUCCAUGGAGUCAAUUACGCUUCUGCAGGUGCUGGAAUUAUUUUCUCAAGCGGGUCAGAAUUGGGUCAACACAUCUCCUUGAUGCAUCAGAUUCAGCAAGCAACAGAUACCUUCCAGCAUCUCAUAUUAAAUCUGGGCGAGGAGGCAGCAAAUACUAUAAUCUCUCAAUCUGUCUUUUACCUGUCAAUUGGAAGCAAUGACUACAUACAUUAUUAUCUGCGUAAUAUAUCUGGAGUGCAGUCCCUCUAUCUGCCCUGGAGUUUCAACCAGUUCUUAACAUCAACAAUAAAGCAGGAAUUGAAGAACUUGUACAAUUCUAAUGUCAGGAAGGUGGUAGUGAUGGGACUGGCUCCACUUGGUUGUGCUCCUCACUACUUGAACCAGUACAAUAGCACAAACGGAGAUUGUGUUAAGGAGAUCAAUGAUUUGAUAAUGGAGUUCAACUUUGCAAUGAGAUAUAUGGUGAAGGAACUCAAUCAAGAUCUUGUUGAUGCUAAUAUCACCUUCUGUGAUGCAUUUGAAGGUUCAAUGGAUAUACUGGCAAACCAUGAACAUUAUGGUUUUGAAGUCAUCACUGAUGCUUGCUGUGGGUUAGGAAUGUAUAAAGGGUGGAUUAUGUGCAUGUCACCAGAUAUGGCAUGCAACAAUGCAUCUAAUCACGUAUGGUGGGACCAGUUUCAUCCAACCGAUGCUGUAAAUGCCAUCCUGGCAGACAAUGUAUGGUCUGGUUUGCACACAAGCAUGUGUUAUCCAAUGAACUUGGAGGAAAUGGUAGUUGUACCCAAGAUCAACUGAUGACCUGAUUAAGAAGCUUCAGAAAUGGUUCUGUUAUCCUCCAUAUUCCCAUUUUGCCUUCUCCUAUUCUGAUAAUCUGGUGUUGUCCCUUUAUUUGUUUUUGUUCCAAGUAUGACCCUUUGCAUUAAUUCAUAUACCCAUUAUAUCUAUCUUGUUGAAUUACCCAUUAAACUCGACCAAUUUCUGACUUAUUGCAAGUUUGCACUCCGUUUCAA